UCUUUCUCUAAAGGUGUCUUCUUUUCAUAAGUCCCCUUUCAGAAGUUCAUUUUCGCCUACAAAUUCCUUCCAAUAGUAUCCAUUUUCCCAACAUUGAAAGAGAGGAGAUGGCAAAGCCAUGUUUAACGGCGAUGGUGGUGGCGGCUCUUGCUCUGGUGGCCUCAGCCGUGACGCUCGCCCGUGCCGAGGCGGAUGACCCCGAGAAGGUGGACGCUUGGUUCACUAGGCUCAGUCACGCCGAGCGCAAGACCACGCGCCUCCACUUCUACUUCCACGACACGCUCUCUGGCAAGAACCCCACCGCAGUACGCGUCGCCGAGGCCACGAUGACCGAGAAGUCCCCGACGCUUUUUGGGUUGGUAAACAUGAUCGAUGACCCGUUAACUGAGGGGCCCGAGCCAGAGUCCCCCCUUGUCGGUCGGGCUCAAGGAUUCUACGCCUCAGCCGGGCUGGAGUCGCUGGGCCUGCACAUGAAUGUGAAUCUCAUAUUCAUAAGUCCCGAGUACAACGGUAGCACUCUGAGCAUAUUAGGCCACAACCCAGCGCUCGAGACCUAUCGAGAGAUGCCCAUCAUCGGCGGCACCGGCGUUUUCCGGCUGGCGAGCGGAGUCGCAACGGCGAAGACGUACUUUUUCAACCUCACCACCGGUGAUGCUAUAGUUGAAUAUAAAGUCAUAGCUAUGCAUUACUAGACACCGAGUGGAUAUAUCGUGGCUUAUGUUGUAGUCCACUUCUUCUUUUUCUUUUUUGGCCUUUGAUUUUGUGCGGUCCAAAGGUUGUGGAGU